CGUCGCUGCCUAUAGCCGUAUCCGGGCGCGCGUGUCGCCCCGCUCGCCCGCGCGGCGUCCGCCACUCGGUACCCGACGCUUCUCGAUCGUGCGCCGCGAGACUUUCUCGUCGCUCCCUGCAGCCAACACCACUUCCACCCGCGCGCAUUUGAUAGCUAGCCUGGCCCGGCCGGCGAUCUAUCCACCCAGUCACCUCGCGUCACCCGCCUAGCUAUCUAUCUACGCGCGCACCUAGACCCGAAGAAGCUGUCCAGCUAGUCACUGACUGUUAGUUGGAUCAUGGGGGCGCUGGCGGCGUCGAUCGCGUCUCACGUGCCGUCGGGGAUGCUGAGCGCGGGGCUGGCGGCGCUGGCGGCGCUGCCGAACCCCGGCGAGCUGGUGCGCAAGGCGGCGCGGCUGGAGGACGAGCUGAGGGAGCUGCUCCGGCUGAACGGCCGUGGCGCCGGGGCGGGGGCGGAGCAGGGGGCCGGCAACGGGGCGCAGCAGACGCGGGAGCGGUUCCUGCGCGCGUACGAGCGGCUCAAGGAUGAGCUCCUCAACGACCGCGCCUUCAACUUCGACUUCACCGAGGAGACCAGGCAGUGGGUCGCCAAGAUGCUGGACUACAACGUGCCUGGAGGGAAGCUGAACCGGGGGCUGUCAGUGAUCGACAGCUACAUGCUGCUGCGGGAGGGCACCGAGGUGGACGAAGAGGACUUCUACCUCGCCUGCGUCCUCGGCUGGUGCAUCGAAUGGCUCCAGGCGUCUGCCCUGGUGAUGGAUGACAUCACGGACAACGCCUACACCAGGCGGGACAACCUCUGCUGGUACAAGCUGCCCACCGUUGGCCUGUCUGCGAUAAACGACGGCGUGCUGCUGAAAUGCCACGUCCAGGCCAUCAUCAAGCGCUACUUCAAGGAGAAGUUCUACUUCAUGGAACUCAUGGAGCUCUGGAACGAGAUUGGGUUGCAGACCGCCAUGGGGCAGAUGCUGGACCUCAUCACCACCCACACCGGCGCCAAGGAUCUCGCCAGAUACAGGAUCCAAGGGUACCGCCGCAUUGUCAAGUACAAGACAUCCUACUAUUCCUUCUACCUGCCGGUUGCCUGUGCAUUGCUCUUGAAUGGCGCGAAACUGAGCGACUACGUCGAGCUCAAAAAUGUACUGAUUGAGAUGGGAGUCUACUUUCAGAUACAGGACGACUACCUCGAUUGCUUCGGCGACCCUCAAGUUAUUGGCAAGGUACAAAAGAUUCACACCCUCUGUCUUCCUUACUGUUUCUUGCUCGCUUCAGAGUUUCACUGUCUCACUGUGCUGCAGGUUGGAACAGACAUAGAAGACUACAAGUGCUCCUGGCUAAUUGUCCAGGCUAUGGAACUGGCUAAUGAGAAUGAGAUGAAAAUACUAUAUGAAAACUAUGGCAAGUCUUGCCCGGAAUGUGUUGCAGCAGUGAAAAAUGUUUAUAAGGAGCUUGAUCUCCAGGACAUAUUCUUGGAGUACGAGUCAAGAGUUUACAAGCACCUAGUUUCAACCAUCGACGCCGAGCCAGACCGUGCGAUUCGGGAGAUUUUGAAGAUCUUUCUGAAGAAGAUUUAUAGGAGAAAGAAGUAGACGACCCUCUCUGCUGUUUUCACAACCGUGAUUACUACGGGAGGAACCUUAAAUACAUUCCACGGUUGGGGGUGUCAUGCGCUCCCUUGUACAACGUGUAUGAUAUGAACUGUAUGAACUCGAGAAGACACUGCCUUGAAAUAAAGACCAUAUAUGUGAA